AUGGCAAGACUACGAUCCAGCUCGAGGACGAAGCAAGCAACGGUUGCAAGUAUGAUUGACGUGCGCGGCAUCGACUUCAAGCAUCUAUGGAGGCAGCUACGCUCGGUGGGCUGGGCAUCGAAGAGACCUUCGAGGCUCACAAACCAGUGGACGUAUACGUCGCCGAAUGGGCAGUCAUUCAUUGGUGAGAAUGCCGUGGUGAUCUUUGCCAUCGAAUCGGGUCUCAUUAGGGACGGGAGUGGCGAGAGUGAGGAGGAGGCAAGCGGGGACGAUGUUGUUUCAAUGGAGGGUCCUGUGAACGCCUCACAAAUCGACACAUCUGUUGCGUUGUCACAGAACACUAUCUCGGCGAUGUUUGGCUCGGACAGAGACUCCGAGCCUGCCCAGCUGGAGCAGUCUGACCAGGGCAUGAAUGUGGGGGCGCUCCAGCAUCUUUUAUCAGGAGCUGGAUCAAACAAUUCUGACAACGGGAGAGGCAGUGACGGCGCCAGUGUGAAUGACGGUGGGAGUGUAGAGGACGAUGUCCACGUCACUAUACCGAUCGACGACGUGAAUGUCAUGGUGGAUGGAGAGUUGCCGGAUGAGUACGAAGCCAUCGAUUCCAGUGGCAGCGACAGUAGUGACAACAGUGGCGAUGAUAUCGUUGAGCGUCGCGAGUAUCCUGACGACGCACCAGCGCCUGACGAGGAAGUUGCUCGCAUGGAUGAUGCAUUUGUGGAAGGAUUGGGAGGUACACUUACGCUUGACGCGAUAGACAAGGACGCACUUCGAAGGUUUGAAUGGAGCACACCGUCAUCCAGCUUUGAAGCAGCAACUGGGGAGUACCCUGGUUUGUCUCCUGACGUCGCCCCUCCCACGCGCGAGCUACAGGAAUUGGCCGACUCCCCUAUGAUGUUACUAUUCUACUUUCUACCGAAAUCACUGUGGGUGAGCAUCACCAAAGAGACGAACCGCUACCAGAAGCAAACCGCAAAUGCUAGGGCAAAACGAAUCCGGUCGCUGCAGCGGAUGCGCGGCGCAGCGCAGCGACCCCUGAGACAAUCAAGCAGAUCGAACGGCGCUUGUGUGCGGAGGCUGCAUACCAGCCCCACGAAAUGCUACACGUUAUCGGCCUCUUAG